AUGUACCUCGACAGGAUGAGGUGGUUCGACCGUCUAAACCAUGACCGAACUUCUGGAGUGAGUGCACUCCUAAAUAAGCAAGUGGAGUUGUGCAAUGAAAGUCCAUUCGAAAAGAUUCAACUGUCUGAAGAUUUUCCCUCGUCUCCUUUCAACACUUUCUCUCCAGUAAGUAAAAUAGACAAGAAGAGGAUGAUACAAAGCAUGGAGAAUGACUUUGAGCUGGUUUAUGUUGCUCAAUCAUGCCUCUCAUGGGAGGCCCUCCAUCACCAAUACAAGAAACUUGAGGUCCUUGCUUCGCAAGAAAACCGUAACAGUAGUAGUUUGUUACGUGGUGCCAGUAACGUUGGGCAAAUUUUUCAAAAGUUUGAGGUGCUUUUGGAGAGGUUCAUGGAAGAUGAAAGGUGCCAUGGAAAACGAGUUUGGAACUAUGUUAGAGCAAGAUUGACCCUUGACAACCUUUUACAAGUCCCUCACCUUUCAGACAUAGUGACUGUUGAUAGGGAAGGAAGAGGAGAAGGAACUUUGCAAGUGAAAGAUGUCUUCAACAUCUUAGAAAAGUGUAUCAAUACAUUCUGGACAUUCAUCACAAUAGACACGAUAAAGAAGAAACCUUGGUGGAAACCAAGGAGCUCUCUUAUUUCAACUAGUUGUUUAGAAGAUCUAAGAGAUAUGAGAUUGCUAUACGAUCUCACCAGACAAUUUCGAAAGAAGGAAAUGUGGUUGAGAGAUUUACAAGGGAAGCAAAGAUGCUGGCUCAGGAAAAUGGAGAGCCACGUGGACGAAGAGAGUGAAAGGAAAGAUAUUUUGUUCACUUUGAUAGACAUGAAGCUCAUAUCAAGAGUGCUUCGAUUGUCUGUGAUCACCACUAGCCAGCUGAAAUGGUGCCAGGCGAAACUGGACAAAAUUGAAUGUCAGGAUAGUAAAAUUGUAAGGCAUUGCCCGAGAGAUGAUGCACUCUUAUUGUUUCCUCCUUGAAUUUGGAUAUGUUUUCAGAUGAUUUGUAAUUGUACUUGAAGCCUAGUUCAAUAACAUGUAUUGUUGAAUUAGGGUUUAUGCUUAGUAGUUGGAAGCCACACU